AUGGUUGCACAACUCCAUGAAUAUACAAAAAAACAGGUUCCUAGGGAACCUAGAGCACGGUACCCCGCCCCCUUCCGGCCAACGUCACCCCCUUCCAGUAAUGGACCCGCCCCCCACCCUCUGUCCCCCUCCCCUUCCCCGUCCAAUAACGCACUUCCAGUCCAUCCCCGAGCGGCCGCCCUCUUUGACCACACGGGAGAGCUCCGAGGCAGCUACCGCGGGCCCCGCAGCUUCGCCUUCACCUUGGCCUCCACGCCCGCCAUGCUACCCGCGCCGUCCGCCAUGAAGCAAGCGCCGCCCUUGCAGGGGCGCCAGAACUACCACCCCGACUGCGAGGCCGCCAUCAACAGCCAUUUCACCCUGGAGCUCCACGCCUCCUUGUUCUGCCUGGCCGUGGCCGUUUACGUCCACCGCGACGACGUCAUGGCCAUGAAUCACUUCACCUGGUUCUUCCUGCGCCACUCCCGCCAGCACAAGAAGCGGGCCCAGGGCCUGAUGCGCCUGCAGAACAAGCGCGGGGGCCACGUCAGAUUCCAAGACAUCUGGAAGCCAGUCAGUGACAACUGGAAGAGCGGCCUCAAGGCCAUGAAGUGCGCCUUGUUCCUGGAGAACCGCGUGAACCAGAGCCUGCUCCACCUGCACCAGCUGGCCACCGAACAGAGCGACCCCCACCUGCGCCACUUCCUGGCAACUCACUACCUCAGCCAGCAGGUGGCGUUCAUCACAGAGCUGGAGGGUCAUGUCACCACCCUGAGCAUGAUGGAGGCCCCGGACGUCGACCUGGCAGGGUCCCUCUUUGACAAGCUCACCCUGGGCGACAGCGACAAGAACUGA